AUGCAAUCGCAAAAUGGCACUGGGCCUACCCUCGAACCCAAAGACGAUCUAGCCUCGCGAAGGGCUCGCCUUUUUGAAGGUAUAGGCAAAGUCAUACCAGCCUCAUUGGCAGGCGCGCUACACCAAGGUGGUAUAUUGAGUGAUACACAAUAUACGCACGUCACCCAUUGGUGCGAGUCCAACAGAUUCCACGAGUGGGGCAAAAGACCUCGAACCCUGGUCAUACUGCACAUAAUUGGCUGUCCAGAGGCAAUAGAUGGCUUUGUGAAUGAAGGACUCUCCGACAUCGCCUUGCCUUACUCAGAAGAGAACUUGCCUCGGGUAAUCAGAGGCUCCAAGCGUGCCCAUUUCAUCGCCCAUCAGAAUAAGGUGCUCUCCGAGCAGGCGAUCGAUCUAGAACGUCCAGGGGGUGCCCACUGUAACAUUGACGGUAACGCGGAUGUCCAUUUCCAUUUGCACAGGGAUCUUGGGAGUGGUGGUUUUGGUACCGUCGACCAUGUCUUCAGUCGACUAAGCCUGCAGAGCUUCGCUCGGAAGCGCAUUCCCCGCGGCAGGUCCUUCAAGAAAGACCAGGUUGCCAUCCAGAUGUUUGAGAACGAGCUGACUACGUUCAAGGCUCUGUCCCAUCGGCACCUGGUCAGAUUGAUCGGCUCAUACACUGACCGGAAGUUUGUGGGCCUUAUCAUGACUCCGGUCGCUGAUAUGGAUCUGCAUACUUAUUUACUGGCUUCCAGACAUGAGAUUCCGGACCAAAUCAUUAGAUUACGGCGAUUUUUUGGCUGCCUUGCCACUGCGGUCGAGUAUCUGCAUCAGCAGCGAAUUCGACACAAAGACAUCAAACCUCAAAACAUCUUGGUGAAAGGUGGUCGAGUGCUACUGACGGACUUCGGGACUUCAAGAAGUUGGGCGGAUGAUUCACGUGGGACCACUAUUGGUACCAACCGACAGGCUUUCACCAAAGCAUACUGCGCCCCAGAAGUGGCAAUGCACGAGACACGAAACACUUCGGCUGAUAUCUGGUCAUUAGGGUGCGUCUUUCUAGAGAUGUGCACCGUUUUAGGUGGCAAAAGAGUGCCCGAAAUGCGUACUUUCUUCGCCAACCACGGUACCGGCGGCACUUAUGUUCGUGACAACCCAGAAGGCACUGACCUAUGGGUGAAUCAUCUCAAAGAGCUAUCACCCGAUAACGAUGAUCACCAAGUACUUGAUCUCGUUCAAGAUAUGUGUGACCAUGCUCACGAGAAUCGACCUACUGCAACGGAACUGGUUAGUCUCAUUCUCGAUUUCGAGGGGCAGAUGUAUUAUGACUUCUGCUGCGAUCGAGAUCAAGAGCAAGAUCAUAUUGGGGGAGGUGAUCCAGACAUGACCACGAUGUUCUACUCUUCACCGCCGAUAUCAGAGGUUUCCGAACAGAGGUUGACUACAAUUGCCGAAACAGAAUCUAGCUCUUCGUUGGGAAAGGUGGAAGCCUUGAGCCCAAAGGUAUCCCAAGCAUCAGCAAGUACUGAUAUCCUCUGCAUGACGAAUCCCAACUCCUCACGAAACCAGGGCCCCCCGAGUGAGGACGGGGAAAGGCCAGAAGAAGUCGAGAAAGAUCAUCCCGUUGAUCUUCAGUCCGGAAGCGAAGUUACCCAGGGAGCGAGAGAGAGACAAGCGGAUGCGUCAGGGUCUAAUGCACCAUUACAGCACAUCAACAACGAGAGUCGACUAAAAAAUGAUCGGCACCGAGCGACGCAGAACCACGACGCUACCUCCGCUGAUACACUGUCAGAUCAGUAUGAUACACCAGCAGAGAUGAUACGUGAAACUCAUCUCAGAGAAGAGAGAAUAGCGGAGCAGCAGCAAUCCCGAACACAGAAAGGACCACAAGUAGAAGAGCUGCCUCAUGGCCAACGAGGACAGCUUCCCGGUCUGGAAUCUCGUACCAUCCAACAUCCUGAUAUGGCCGAGCCAGAAACAAAAGCCACUCCAGGUGAUACGGGAGACGACAUGACAGCGAGGCCGGUACUUCAGCGAGUCCAUGGCGACGAUACCACAGAAGACUUCGGAGAAUCACCGAGCAGUCACGGAUCAUACGCGUCUCGUGUAAGACUCUCCGAGGAGCAGGGAACGCGCCAGUCCGAGCCAGUGGAAGAGUCAGUCAAGAGAACAUCCUAUGAGCGGGCUAGGCCGCCUGCCUGGAGGCUGCCCGCGGAAUAUGCUGAACAUGGGGGAGUUGAGCAAUUACACGCAGUCUCGGGUCGGGAAGCUAGCACUGCCCCUGGGCAGACCGACGCUUUGGUUGAGCAACUAACUGCUAUGGGAUUCAGCGGCCCCGAGUCUCUGAAUGCAUUGAAAACAGCUGACUUUGAUGCUGAUAAGGCUGUUGAAUACCUCGUAAUUCACCCCGACCAACAAAAUGGCGAGAUGGCACUGCCCAACGCCUGGCGACAUUCCGGCAACAAUGAGGUCGAGCCUGGCAGCGACGGAUUUCAGGCUCCGAAUAGGGGCGAGUCCGAGCCUUUGCCAGCCGGGGACCCAGUAAACGACCCAGUGCUCCGAAACCGAGAGGAAAGCGCAUUUUCAAACAAGGGCACAGCAACCGGCGUUGCAACUUCGAGCUCCGAGUCUGCGGACAGUUUCAUACAAGCGCAACCACAAGUACGAGCCAGGAGUGUCCCGACUCCUGGUGAGUCCGAUCACUCCGGCGUCACAUAUGGUCGAGAACAGCAAUCGGCGCAUAGGCCUACAAGGACGGCGAACGCCGGCUUCUCCAAGCCACCUCCCCCUCCACCAAAGACGAGAUCAAUGUUCGGUAGGAUGAAGCACAGGUUGAGCUCAAAUUUGCAGAGGGAAAUAAACUCUACAAACAAGACAUUACCCGCCAAUUUCGAGGCGCACCAAUCUUCCGCACAUGACGGCCAAUUCACAAAAGGAAAUACAAAACCAGGACAGCACUCAGUGGCACACAUUGAGGUGAAGCAUGUGGGUGGCAGAUCAUGCAAGAUCCACUUCAAGCUCUCCGACACUAUACAGAUGCUCAAGAACGAGAUCGAGGCACUGGAAGACAUUCCCCAUCAUUCUCAGAAGCUGUUGUUCGAUGGCAAGGAGUUGGAGAAUGACUCGACCCUCGAAUCAUGCCGCAUCAAAGACGGAGCGAUUGUCUACCUAGUCACGGGCCGUCGCCACACUGUGCAACCUGACUCGGAUGGCAUGAUGCCUAUUUUGGUGACGUGGCGCAUCGGCGAGCUGAGAAGCGAAGUCAUCUCUAUAGACGUCUUACGUUCCUAUACAAUCAGGGCCGUGAAGGACAAGAUCCGUGGCUACAACAGGAUUCCGCCUGCCCAGCAGGCGUUGUUCUCGGCAGAUCAGCCGUUGAGCGAUGAUGACCGAACCCUAGAAUCUUACAACAUCCAGUACAACGACGUUGUUAGGAUGAUUGUAUGGUGA